GCACCUUUCUGGGUAUUCACCUGGGCCGCACCGUAUAACACAUUUCCCUUUGUGGGGUUUCAUUUGUAGUUUUCAUUUUAAUUUAAUAACCGAUUUAUACUUAUAGACUGGCAAAACAUCUUUUAAUAAUAAUUUUAAUUUACUUUAUAUUUUAAUAAUUGUCUCAUUCUAUAAAUAAAUUAUUUCCCUUAAUGCUUAGUUUUCGCCUUUGAGUUACUCUCGCGGUAUGUUGCCGUCACGUGACAAUAACUUUAGGUCACGUGGUUUUAUUUUGUUUGAGUCCCAGGUUUGGUCUGGAAGCUGUGCCAGUGAAGUUGAAAUGGCAAGGAACGAAGAAAAGCAACUGGGGAAACUGAACAGACUGUGGCUUCAGAAAGAGAGAGAGGAGGGGCGACUCAAAGACGUUAACGGCCGUCGACCCAAGCUGUCUACUCUUCAUUCUGCCUCCUCUGUGAAAAAGUGGAUCCCCAGCAUCAAGAAUGAAAUAGAGUAUUACCUACAGCAAUCCCAGCUUUCUCAUUACCCCGAGAGGAAGAUAACAGAGUUCCAACUGCACAUCGAGGCUUUGGAAAAAGAGUACAAAAGCUUCAUAACAAAACUACGAGUUCUGGAUCCCUCAUGUAAACAGCAUCCAUGGACUCCCAGAGCAUACUGCAAAAGGAGAGCAGACACACAAGACUCUUCCAGCUCAGUUAAAACUCCUCGACUGUGUGAGCCAGAUGAUGGUCUUAAUCAGUGUAACAGAGGUGGGAUCAACUUGGCCUCAGAGACAGAGGGACCUCACAGAUUUUUGGAGACCAGAUUUCAAACCCUUGCACCCACCAACCUGGUCUCAGAAAUCUCAGAGGUGUUCUGUUCAGCCCAGGACCAGCCUCUUACUUUUGACCGUACACGACUGGCAGUAGCUUCUGCUGCAUUCAGAGGACCAUCAGCUCAUCAGAGUUCCUCUCAAACACAGAACCUUGCCCAGAUGCUGCAGUUUAGUCUACCAAAUCUUAAUAAUUCUCCAUCAAGACAGAGGUCUUCAUUGCAGGGCAGAGACAGUGAUGGGGCAGCGAAGAGUUCUGUUACCGAGCAGAAAGGCAGCAUCCAACACAGCGAACCAGCAGAGACAAUACCUGGAAAACCCUCCAUCAGUGAAACAACAGUGGAAAGAAAUGGUCAUACCCUUGGACUAGACUGCUACUGCUCUUCUGAUGAGGACAGUGACAUGUAAUAUUUUUACAUUAAGGAACCUACACGUUUCUAUAUUUUUUAAAAUUAUAACAGACCAUUUAAUGCAAACUCUCUUAUGUGUUCAAUUCAAUUUAAAGUUUCGUUAGGAACUUCAUUCACAGAGAGCGACACUACAUAUUAAAAGUGGGUUAAAAACAUAAAUACAAUAGAAAAAAGCACAAUAAAAGCAUACAUACAACACCACAGUAGCCAUUCAGCAAUCUAACAGAUAGGGUGCAAAGCUUCCUCUGGUUCUUAGUGCUGAAGGCCAGUAUCUCAGACCUGAAGGUGGGAGACUGUAGCAUCUGUGCAGUGUGUGACUGGUAUCUAAUGCUCUCCUUUUCAUUUAGUCCUUCUGUUGUAGAUGCGGAGAAGAGGUUCCUGUGCCAGUUUUAUUGAUCAUUGUUAUGAUUUUGAUUAGUGGAUUGUGAUGGAUGUUAGUGACCCAAACCAGAAUGAUAUAUUAAAGGUUCGUUCAACAUA